UCUGAGCUCAAAAGAAACCAUAAUAUGAUGGCCACUUCAUUAAUCUUUCUCCCACUGAUACUCCUAAUUUCUCUUCCUGUUUCAAUUUCUCAAACUUCCUCCAACAACGCAAGAGACUGCAAUGGCAUAUUCAUAACUUACGACUACAAUUCUGGUUUUCCUAUUCCCCCGACCGUUUUGGCAUCAGAGUCCAACAACCAAGCCUACAACUUCAGGUCCACACUCACAAUCCUUAACAAUAUUCCUGAUGAGCUCAAGUCUUGGAAGGUCUUUGUUGGCUUCCAGCAUAGAGAAUUUUUGGUCUCUGCUUCACAAGCUGUGCUUGCUGAUGGAACCACUCUGCCUGGUGAUGUGGGAAAUGGAACUGUCUUUGCUGGUUUUCCUACCACUGACCUUAAAUCCGCGAUUCAGACCGCUGGAGACGUCAACCAGAUGGAGGCUCGGAUCAAGUUGGUUGGUACUCAGUAUGGUGUUGCAUCUCCUGCUGUCCCCUUGCCUUCUUCCAUCAGUUUGGCUAAUGAUGGCUUCUUGUGUCCUACUUCAAUAUCGCAAGGAAAUCGGACCCGAGUUUGUUGUGUCAAAGACCCAAGCGCCAAAUCCAACAUCACGGCCUCGGAGGAAAUCCAGCCUCGGCAAGAGGGUGAUCUUACCAUAAUGUAUGAUGUCACUAGCUCAUCCGAAUCCAAUUACUGGGCACAAGUCACAAUCUCAAAUAACAACCACACUAGCCGUCUUGAUAACUGGCAAUUAAGCUGGGAAUGGAUGAGAGACGAGUUCAUCUAUAGCAUGAAGGGCGCUUAUCCAACGGUUGUUGAUACAGGGGACUGCAUCUUUGGUAAGCAGGGGGAAUAUUACAAGGGCAUGGAUUUUUCAAAGGCCUUGAACUGUGAAAAGAGACCCACAAUCAUCGACCUUCCUUUGGAAAAGACAAAUGAUACAACCUUAGGAAUGGUUCCUUUCUGUUGUCGAAAUGGGACCAUUUUGCCACCUUUCAUGGAUGCAAGCAAGUCCAAGUCAGCUUUUGUAAUGCAAGUAUACAAGAUGUCCCCAGACCUUAACAUGAGUGUUAUCCACCCUCCACAGAACUGGAAAAUAAAUGGUACUUACAGUCUUGGUUAUCUAUGUGGGCCGCCAGUACGAGUAUCCCCUAGCCUCUUCCCUAAUCCAGCAGGGCUAUCUUCAGAUACAGCUGCUGUUGCUAGUUGGCAAGUAACCUGCAACAUUAGCAUUUCAACCUUGAAGAAGCCCAAGUGUUGUGUAUCAUUCUCUGCAUUCUUCAACGAUUCUGUUGUUCCUUGUAACACUUGCGCCUGUGGCUGCAACACGAGCCCCAGCAAUGUGUGCAGUGCCACCGAGCCACCACUGCUUUUACCAUCAGAGGCUCUUCUGGUGCCCUUUGACAAUCGAACUGAAAUGGCAAAGGACUUUAAUAAAAGACGAGAUUUGCCAAAUCCUUUACCUUGCGGAGACAACUGUGGAGUCAGCAUAAACUGGCAUUUGCUUAGUGAUUUCCGGGGGGGAUGGACAGCCAGAGUAACACUGUUUAAUUGGGGUGACACUCACAUUGUUGACUGGUUUGCUGCUGUACAGUUGGAUAAAGCCAUCGAAGGUUUUGAAAAAGCGUACUCUUUCAAUGGAACCAUCAUGCCUGAUACCAACAAUACAAUAUUCAUACAGGGGUUUUCAGGCUUAACUUACCUUCUUGCAGAGAGAAGAGGAAACAAUCCAAGGAAAGAUCCUCCAGUUCCUGGUACCGAGCAAUCGGUCAUAUCUUUCACAAAGAAGACCACGCCUGGAAUCGAUGUAGGAGCAGGUGAUGGUUUUCCAAAUAAAAUUUACUUCAAUGGAGAGGAGUGCUCCCUUCCUGUAAUACUUCCUUCUGGUUGUAAUCGCAGAGUCCCUCUAGCCUCUAGUGCUUUUACUCUGCUUCUAACCAUGCUAGUCCUCAUGGUUCUGCAACUAUCACUGUGGCUAGAAAUAUGA